AUGUUGCAGCCCAUCUCGCUGCAGUUGGAAGGCCUUGGUCAAGAGGGUUUCGAGAUCGGUCGGUCCAGCAUGUCGGGUGUUAAGGUAGGCUUGGUCCCACGUUCGCUCAUGGCGUAUCGUUGCUUUUUGCUGACCUACCUUUUGAACUGUUUGAUGGAGCACAGCUCACUUGACAUUGAGCUCCAGCUGCAGGGGGCGGAAACCAACGGGGGAACCUGGUACAGAGGCCAGUGGCGCAGCGCGGCGUCACUGGGCACUACUUUUAAGGCAAAGACAUCAGCUGAAAGGGUGCUACCGCUGAAGCCACCUCCCGGGCAAAUUCGCCAGCGGCGUUUGCAGGCGAUCAGCUACAACAUUGGCGGCAUGACACAAGAAUGCUAUGAUCUAUUUAAAAACUGGCUACAGACCAGAUGUCGAGCAGACGUAGUGCUGGUUCAAGAAACCCACUGGGGCCUUGGACGUGAAGACGGAAGAUGGAAACUACCAAACUGGCAGGUGAUCGUGACUGCAGACAGCAAAAACCGCUACUGCGGACUCGCUGUAUUCAUCAGGCUUGACAGAUUCAGCGAGGAGCAGAUAUCCAGCGUGACGUGGAUGCCGGGCCGGCUACUCCAUGUCCGCUGCACCUCGACUAAGGUCAGCUUGGACAUUGUCACGGGAUAUCAGUUUGUCCAGCAGGAGCGGAACUCGGAGCAGGUUCAACAGAAGCGGCAUUUGUUUUGGUCAAAGAUGGGUGCCUUACUGCAAGGCCUGCCGACGAGGAACCUGUUGCGGCUAGGAGCCGAUCUUAACACCCACUGUCAGCCAGUGCCAGGACACAUCGGCCGGGGAGUCAUGCGUACCACGAAGCCGAUGGACGACGAGCUGGUGGAAUUGGUGAAAGAGCGACAACUUGUGCUGCUGAACACUUGGAAGUCGGCAGCGCCGAGUAAGUGCUGCACUUUUACUAACAAUGGCCAUCGCUCGCAAAUCGACUUCUUGGUGACGCGUCGACGUCAUGCGGACGCCACCUCACGCACGGCAGUUCCCAUAGCGUUGGACCUAGCGCCUUGGAGGCUGGGUCCCAAACAUCACGCGGUGCAAGCUAGCCUUCCUUGGGUUCCGGGUUGGAAAGUUGCCCCUAAGACCCUCACCCCUCAGCGGUUUUCGCUCCGAGCCCUGAAGCAGGGUGUACAGGAAGUUACCGCAGAAGCACAGGAGCUACAGCUGGAGCUGCGUAAGUACGUCUCCGCCAACCCUGAGUGCAGUUUGCAGGAUCUGAACAAGAACAUUUACAAGCAUUGUCUUCGACUUUUCCCGAAUAAGUCCCGAAACCACCCCACUCGUACCCCUGCUGACCCAGUCACCGUGGCUGCUGACAAAGUUUGGAGACUGAGUCAGAUCCGAGAGGCCCCGGCAGGCACCACCUUUGGUCAAUCAGCCGGUGCUUGGAGUGGUUAUCACGCCCUGAAACAGGUCCAGCUGCAGGAGGCUGAAGCAGCUGCCUCUAAGAACGACCUGGGAGCCGUGUACAGGGUCGUGAAUAGCAUUGAGAUCUACUGCUAUUUUCGGGAUGCCUUUUCGAGUGCCGGGCCCCACAGGAUGUCGCAGGUCGUUGAACCGCUGUCAUUUACGGUAGAUGAGGUGCACACUGCCAUUCAACAGCUCAAGCGUGGAAAAGCGGACACACUGCGUAAAGGCUGGAAGCAAGCAGUGCAAAAUGCAGACUUCUGUCAGAGAUUGCGCACCAGCUGUGUUUUCUGCGGCCAGUGGGUGAGCCCGCUGCUGAUCAUGGCGGAACAGAUGGAGGUGGAUGCCCGAGCCACCCUCGCCCAGCAGGAGAUCGAUCUGGUCUUCAAGCCCGACAAGGAGAGCGAGAAGACCGACAAGGAGGCCGACGCGGAGGAAGCAAGGCCACCCAAGUGGCCGAAGCCGGAGGGCAAAGGCUCCUCACAGGAUGGCUGGGACAACUGGCGGAGCAAGAAGCGCAACUGGGGAGCCGCACGGGACCAAGGUUGGGGCCAGGCCUCACAAGGGUCUCAGGUGAACCAGCUGCCGACGACGCUCACCAAAGCAGUGUUGAGGCACGAAGCGGAUCUCCAAAUGUGGAGGACAGACACAAGUUUUGUGAUCUUCGUCGAUACUUCGCCCCACUCUUGCCUGGCAGCAGUUCGGGACGCCGUGGACCGGUGGCAAGAGCUGUUCAUAGCAGGCACUGUAACAAUGGCUCUGAAGACAACCCUCUUCAUGGGCAUCCUGAGCAAACUCAAGACGGCGGUGGAGGAACUCCAGACCGACGAGAACAAGAUCGGUCGUUGCAUGGAGGCAGGCUGGAUCAAAGAAGGCAAGACCGCCCUCGACCCAGCCUUCGUCUACCACGCCUGGGACACCAAGAACAAGCAGCAGGUGGAGGCAGAGACGCCAUCACUAUCGCUGACUACAGUUCUCAAGCACCUCGACGUGGCCUUGCGGAGCCUCACCAAAGAGAAGGCGCACUGCUUCGCUUUCGAAGCACCCAGGAUCAAGCCGGAGAGAGGACUUCUGCGAAUGGAAGCCGAGGAGGAACAAUCGUUCCCAGGGCUCGGCCUAGGGCGGCCGACGCCCGACGAAGUCGCGCCUAGGGCGGCGCGGCUGCGGCUUCGACCGGCUUUACGCCUGCCUCAGGCCCGGUUGGCCAACCCAACGGGUAUGAAUCUGUGCUAUGCCAACUCUGCAUUGCAGGCUUGGUCAUGGCUGCGAGAGCUUGCUGACUCCCCGGAGUCUUUGCAGGGCUCAGCUCAGGCCAGCGCACAGAUAUUGCAUGCUGCACAUACCGUACUCUUAACCGACUGCCUUGCACUGCAUUCUGUGUUUCGUACCUGGCCGGAGCUCUCCCGACAGCAUGACGUAGGCGAGUUUUGGCAGCACCUGGUCGCCUCCUGGCGACUGGAUGCCUUUGCAGGCUUACGAGUGAGCCUGCCGCACUUCAAUGCUCCAACAGCGAGCAUAGAGGUCGCUUCCCAAGACUACCGAGUAGGCGUAGAGGUUGAAAUUUUGGAUGUUCCGGGGGAUGUACACGAUGACAUCCUGGAAGCUUACCUGCUGUUGAACUGUGCCUGCAAUCUCUUCAUUGAGCUUCAUGGUGCAUCACCGGAUCCCUGCAUAGGCAUGUAUUCCAUAAAUGACCUAGUGCUGUGGGCUACGGAGCAGCUGGAGUCGCCCCGCGGGCCGAGCGCAUCCCUUCCUCCCAGUGCCUUCACGAGAGUGCAUUGA